ACACAUGGUGGAGUCCCUGGUGGCUCUGUCACCCUGUCCCCCAAAACUGGGGAGCUGGCAGAGUCCUGGCCAAGCACCCACUGACCCCCCCAGGGUCCCUGGGCAUACCCUGCUCCCUCUCCCUCCCUCUCCCGCUCCCAACACACACUGGGGAUCCCAGGAUGCUCCAGGGAGACUCCAACUGUGCACCAGCACGACCCAAAGGCCAGAGCUCUUAUUCCUCACCGUACACUAAUCCUUUAUUUAAUUUUUAAUUGGCAUUAAUCUAAGUCAUAUUCCUCCCUCCAGAAAAUGUGUGAAGCUUCCAACUCCGUCCUGCUCCAGCUAUGCCGGAAGCAGUUUGGAAAAUAACUCUUAGUUUAUCACUAAUUGCUCAAAGAGCAUCACAGAUUUUAUUUCUUCCCCUGCCCUUUGAGCCUGGUGUGCUGAAACCCUGAGCUGGAAUUUAUGAGAUCCCCUGCUGCAGCCAUGAUGCCGGUGGCCGCCGUGCUGCCCGACGACGCGCCCAUGUUUGACCCGAGGAUCCUGCACGAGCUGGACUGGAGCGAGAACACGACGACGUUUUCUCCCGCUAUUUCUCCGCUGAAUCCGGGGGAUGGGCUGGUCCUGAGGCCGCUCUGCACAGCUGAUUUAAACCGAGGCUUUUUCAAGGUUCUGGGUCAGCUGACGGAAACCGGAGUUGCGAGCCCGGAGCAGUUUAUCAAAACCUUCGAGCACAUGAAGAGAUCGGGAGAUUAUUACGUUACCGUCGUGGAGGACACAAACCUUGGACAGAUCGUUGCUACAGCAACACUGGUUAUAGAACAUAAAUUCACUCACUCCUGUGCCAAGAGAGGGAGGAUAGAAGACGUGGUGGUCAGCGGGGAGUGCAGGGGGAAGCAGCUUGGAAAACUAUUAAUAUCCACCCUCACCUUGCUAAGUAAGAGACUGAACUGUUACAAAAUCACGCUGGAAUGUCUGCCCAAAAACGUGGAUUUCUACAAGAAGUUUGGCUACUUGGUAUCUGAGGAAAACUACAUGUUUCAACGGUUCUUUAAUUAACAACUUCCAGGUGGUAAAAGACUGUUGGUGGAGGAGCUUGUGCUCCAAACAUUCUCUUCGUGGAAAACUUAUCUAGUUUAUGGCUGCAAAUAUAAUGAUCCCUAUAAAUAAUGAACAUCAAAUGUGUAAAUCCCGGGAAAACAAAUUAAUGAGGUUUUAGAAGGGUCCUCUGGGUUUUAGGGGGAAAAAAAAAGCUUAGAACUAAUUUUUACUGCUGUUGAGUCGAGGUGAAGCUUUUCUGUUCUAGCUGAGUUACAAAGGACUCGUUAAAGGGAUGGUUUUUAACCAAAGGUAUAUAUUUUUAUCUCAAAUUUUUUCUUGCAUUGUAUUUUUCUAAAGGUUUGUGCUUCUUUUCUCGGUAGCCAAAGGACAGCCCCUGGGACUGUCCUGCUGCCUGUGCUGGUGGAAGGGUGAUGGAGCUUGGGAAGGGAUGAGGCUUCUCUUAUGCAGAAUUACUGACACAGAACAGGCCUUUGUUCUGUUCCUUCCAUGACACCUCACAGAAGUGCUGGUGGAAGUUUUAUAGGCACUGUUUUCCAAGGCUGGAUUUGUUACUGUUUGUGUGGGUAGGGGAGGAUCCUUAUGGGCUGUGCUGGAUUCCCAGUCUAAAGAUGGAUGUGGGCUUCUCACUGCAGGGCUCCUGCACUUUAGCUGAUAACUUGGUUUUCAGGAUAAUUAAUUGUUUUCUGA